CUCAGUCAUUUAUCAUUUUAAGUGCCAAAAGCCCGAUCGGACGUUACAUGCAUAUAAAGAAUUUAGAAUUCAACCAUAUUUAAGGAGCUAGUCUUGCAAAGGAGGGGUGGGAUAGAUUAUUACGAUUUCUUACUCAAUCAACUGGAUCUUAUUUCGAUGCAUUGAAAGACAGCAUUCCAACGUCAAAGAAGCGUGAAAAUCAGUUUUUCGCAGUUCGAGUACCACAAGAAACUAGAUGAGUAUGUAUAGCAAAGUAAUUUCCCGUACUAUGUUCAAAAGUUGGGCAUCGUUUGACUGCGUAACUAAUAUUCACUUAUAAACGACACGAGAUAUAAAGGGCAACAAAAGUGAGCGAGUACUUUUCAAUAAACAACACCACAAAUACAUCCAACUGUUGUAUGCGCUUUUUCGAGGUUAAAAUCAUACCGGAAGCAACAUUAGGGGAGGAGCUAAGCGUGUUUGCACGUGCGGUGUGUUCACUUAAGAAUCACAGUUAUUAAGUUCGAAGGGGAAACACAAUUGAGAUUUUCUGGCCGCAAAACCAUUGGUGUGGUGGAUAUACGGUACAGGACAAUCGCGGAACAAAUGUGAAGAUCGAUCGAGAACCGUUCUAAAUCAAAGAGGUUAUACUUUACUGGUGUCAAAAUUUAGUUUAGGAGGCCAGAAGCGAGUAAUAAUUCACAGAUUCUCUGAGCAUUAUACGAAAAUCGCCAACAGGUUAAAGCACUGGUAAUAGGUUGAUGUACAUGGGUUGAACAUAUACGGCUUGGGACCGGACCCAUUUGGAGGAAAAUACACCCAAGUAGGCACUGAUAAACAUAGGCUCGGGAUUGUCCGCAUUGAUUGGAUUCAACGCGGUUGUGUUCAGCAUUGAGUGGCCUAUUGCACAACCGAUCUAUCAUGCGUAUCUCAAGUACAUUUGAAGACUUGUAAAAUGAGUUUGGAGUGAAAAAUUAUAGUUGGAUGUUGGAUACUUUAGGCUUAUUCAGUGACAGGAUUUGCACUUGGAGUUCACCAUGGGACAAACAACCACGAUGCUGUACAUAAUCGGUAUAUUAGGGAUUGUACAGCAGAUAGUAUGUCACCGAGUACACCGCCUCUUACCCAAAGGCAUGAACAGUUUAGAUAGCGACAUGUGCACUAAAACAAUUGAACACAUCUACCAUGGCCAUAUAGCCGCACCCAUUCCUCCACAUAUCAUUGGAGUAUGGACGUCGGAAAGGUGUGAGACAAGACCAGGGCCCGAAUAUAUACUCCGGAAGUACCACUUUCCAAAUACAACUCACUUCGAGGCUCACCAAUAUUAUUAUGAGGACCCGGACUGUACAAACCCUAUAUACGGUAUAACCGCCAGAGGGCUAUAUAGCAUGGUGCAGGGCUCAUGGAUAGUUCCAGGAGGUACGGAGACUGAUUAUUUUUUAACAAAAGUCAGCUUGAUACCGUACACCAACGAGAUGGCACGUGAACUCGGUGCGAGAGUCAACGAGAGUUGCAAGGAUUACGCACCGGCGUCAUGGCAGCCGUACGAGAGCUAUGAGAUAUUACAAUAUAAGGAAAUAGGAAGUGAAAAUGGUGGAGACCCGGAUGAUUUCCAAGUGAUUGACAGGGAUUGUACAAAUAAGUUUCAGUUCACGAUGCAUGAGUUGCAACUAAUGAGGGUUGAAAACCAGCGGCACCAUCAUACCGUCAUGCGAGAACUGUAUCUCGGUGAUAUACACACUGACAGACUUCAACGUGCCAUCUAUCGACCAACAAGCUAUCAAUCUGCACUUGUUGAUGGUGGGACGCUGAAAUGCAAGGUGUGUAACAGUAUAGAGAACUCAGAUGAUUUCUACCCACCUCAUCUUACUCGCCAGUAUCGUUACAAAUCUAUAGACCUCACUGGGGAAUGGUUCAGUUUGAACUGCGAGACAAGGCCCAACGGAAUGUUCCUUGUGCGAAGGUUAAUGUUUUCCAACCAUACUUCAACAUGGCAGGGGUAUUACUACUAUUACAUCGAUCCCCUUUGUCGUGAACCCUAUUUUACGAUACUAGCCAAAGGGACCUACACGAGGGGUAGUGUCUCUAAAGUUGUACACGAGGCAACAAAUUUUAAUUUCAAAGUCUUGACUGUUCAUAUUACCCCAGAGGAUAUUAAAGCAAGUAAUACGCUUAACAAUAACAAUGGAGAAGAGUGUGGAACGAGGAGGUGGGAGACAGGGAUACAGCAAGACGUUACUCCGACAAAGGGUUGUCGGGUGUUCGGUAUUUCAAUACCAUUUACAGAAUACGAGAUCGCUAAAGUUGAAAAGCGAAAAGACUCAAAGACUUUGCUGUAUCUGGGUCAAAGGCCAAGUAAUGGUGCGAGUCCAACAACUCCUGAACUUCGCCCCACAUCAUUUCAGGCUCCAGUUGUUAAGUGUGGACAUUCACACCAUCGUCAUAAUAAGAAUACAAAAAUAAAACUAUAUAAUGUACCAGCACAGACAUUUUUCUAUGACAGCAACAAUUGUAUAAAAGCAUUGAUAUCCACGAGGCUUUUGAUAGCACUGACGAUUUCUGUAUUUCUUCUUGGUCACCACUGAGCAUUAUUGGUAGCUUAACUAUUAUCAAACUGAGAUACCAAAUCCUAUACCCUGAUAAUACUCAUUGACAGUAUACUUGUGAUCGUAUCACUUCAUAUAUAAGUGAGGAUUUUGGCAAGGCUCAAAUCUGUACCCUGUAUUGUUUAUGUUGAUGAUCGCCAACACGUGUUUAACUGUGUAAAUUGUCAUAUAGAACAUAUAAUCUGAACUGUUCAUUACCUCAGUAGUUUAGCAUUUACAGUAUUUCUUAAUGGCACAUUUUAAUCAGUUAUUCCAAUACUGUGAGAGAUGUUGAAAAAACAAGUUUGGUCAUCUAGAUGCUACAUUGUAAAUAUUGUACAUAAACAGAGAUGAAAAUAUGACAUUAUUACGAUAUAAAAAUGUAAAUACUUUUGUAAAUAUAAAAAUGUAAAUACUGUAAAUGUAAUAAAGCCAUACUUAACGUGUACUCGCAAAUAUAAAUUAUCUUGUAAUUUCAUGAUUAUUACUU